AGGAGAAUUUCGCUGAAAUUAUCAAGAAUUACGCCUUUAAAUCUCAAUUGUUUAAAUAAUUUCCCAGGAAUCAGCUGACGCAUCUGUAGAGAAGUUGGUAAACCCUGUUACACUCACUCGUAAAUCACUAGACUGGAGCCCGUCUGGUUAAAAAAUAUCCCACAAAUGACACCACAACACCGGAAAUUAUCCGUUGGGUGAAGCGAGUGAACUUGAUAUAGCCUACCCCGGUCUUUCAAGAACAGUAAUCAACAAAGGCCAACAAAGUUAUACACUCAAAGAGCGGAAUAUGGCGUCGCAAGUGCACGAAAGUGUCAAGAACUAUUAUGGCUCGCGCUUGGAAACGUCUGCAGAUCUCCAGACGAAUGCUGCGUCCUGCUCCAUGCCUUCCCGACCAAUGCUGAAGAGCGCGUGUGAGGCCUUAAAACUAGUUCACCCCGAGGUGUGCAAAAGGUUCUUUGGCUGUGGUCUGAUCUUCCCAGACAAACUGGAGGGCUGUCAGGUGUUGGAUUUGGGCAGUGGUUCGGGACGGGACUGCUACACCCUCAGCAAACUUGUUGGGGAACACGGUCAUGUGACUGGCAUUGACAUGACAGAAUCACUGAUCUCUGCCUCGCAGAAGUUUAUUCAGUAUCACCAGGAGAAGUUUGGUUACGAAAAACCCAACACUGUUUUUGUUCAAGGCUAUCUGGAGAAGCUUGAUGAAGCUGGGAUACAAAGUAACUCUUUGGAUGUGCUGGUGUCUAACUGUGUGAUAUGCUUGUGCCCUGACAAGCGGACCGUGCUAAUGGAAGCCUACAGAGUGCUCAAGGAAGGAGGGGAAUUCCACUUCAGUGAUAUGUACGCCAGUGAAGUUGUGCCCGACUCCUUCAAGGAAGACCCUGUUUUGUGGGGUGAAGGAAUGGCUGGCUCCCUCUACUGGCAGGACUUCAUUUCGCUGGUGAAGGAGAUUGGCUUCAGCACUCCCUAUCUUGUGGCUGCUAGUCACAUUGUCGUUCACAACUGCCAACUUCUAAAAAAAGCUGGUGGUGUUAAAUAUGCAUCUGGAACAUACCGUCUCUUUAAAUUACCCAAGACCACCUUGGAGAAGAAAGCCCUGGUGACAUACAAAGGAACGGUGUUGGAUUGUGCGGAGCAGCUGGAUUUUGAUGCCUCCCACUCCUUUAAAACGAAUGAUGCAGUGGAGGUGGAUGGAGAGACGGCUGCUGUACUGCAGUGUUCUCGCUUCUCUACAGACUUCAGCAUCCAGAUGUUGGACACUCCUCAUCAGAAGCCCUCAAAGUACUGCCACCUCAGCCCUUUCCGACUGGCUGACAGACUGGGGGCCUCCGUAAAGCAGUGUUCUAAGACAGGAGGCGUGGGAGGCUCGGAUGGGACACCCAGCGGAGCAUGUGACGGGAGUGGGACGGCUGGGGGGUGUGGACAGUGAGGAGGAACACUGACGAUGCCAUACUGAUAAGCAGGACCACCUGAACGCCUAGGACUCAGUGGUAGAACAUGCUAGAAAUCACAUGGCCUUUUGUUGAACUCACAAAGUUGUAAUACAAAGAUGUGUUAAACAGAAGAAACACUUCUGGUAUGAUUACAAAUGCAGUUGCUGUGCUAUUCAUUGUAAUUAUAUGUAAUUAAUUGAGCUAUUAAAUGUAAAUGUCAGAAUUUGGUUAUAGUGGGGCAUAUUGAGUAGCUGAAAAUCACCAUGAUCCAGUCAGGUAUGACUGUCAUAUCAGUUACCCCAAAGCCCUAAAUCUGUCCAGUUGGGUUUUGUGAUGUCAAACACCAGUAUAUUUCAUUGAAGAGCUGUCUUUUUAAACUAAUGCUGUCUUUUUGUAAAUUGAAUUUAACUCUGAGCAAAUCUCUAGUUGCCUAUAAUGUGUAAUAGUUAGGUCUUUCUUGCUGCAGCAUGUUGACAUGAUUGCUACUGCUUCCGAAAUAAAUCUGGAUAGAA